UUGAAUGAUUGUCCAUGGUUUCACGGCAUGAUAACGAGAAUGGAGGCAGCUCGGCUGAACAACAACAACAACAACAUUCCAGCCAACCUUCAAGGAAUAUUUCUCGUUCGACAGAGUGAGACUCGCAUGGGAGAACUGGUCCUCACAUUUAACUUUCAAUCAAAGGCCAAGCAUCUACGAAUGACCUUGAACUCUGGGGGAGAAUGUCACGUGCAACACUUGACCUUUCCAACUAUCUUUGACAUGCUGGAACACUUCAAGGUUAAUCCCAUUCCACUGGAGACUGGAGGACUGUCUGACGUCACCCUCACCAGCUAUGUCCUCUCACAAAAA